CUCGCCUCCUCCCUCGCGACACCGCCUCCGCCCGCUCUCCAGCACACCACAGCACAGCAGGGGCGCCGCCGCCGCCGCCGUCCACCGCCGGAUCCCGGAAUUCAGAAUCAGUAGGCGAUGGCUGACGGCGAGGAUAUCCAGCCCCUUGUGUGUGACAAUGGAACCGGCAUGGUCAAGGCUGGUUUUGCUGGGGAUGAUGCGCCCAGGGCGGUGUUCCCUAGUAUCGUGGGGCGCCCCCGUCACACCGGUGUGAUGGUUGGUAUGGGGCAGAAGGAUGCCUAUGUUGGUGACGAGGCCCAGUCCAAGAGAGGUAUCCUCACCUUAAAGUACCCGAUCGAACAUGGUAUUGUUAGCAACUGGGAUGACAUGGAGAAGAUCUGGCAUCACACCUUCUACAACGAGCUCCGUGUUGCGCCUGAAGAGCACCCUGUGUUGCUGACCGAGGCCCCGCUCAACCCCAAGGCUAACAGGGAGAAAAUGACCCAAAUCAUGUUCGAGACCUUCAAUGUGCCAGCUAUGUAUGUCGCUAUCCAGGCCGUGCUCUCCCUGUAUGCCAGUGGACGUACAACUGGUAUUGUGUUGGAUUCUGGUGAUGGUGUCAGUCACACCGUGCCAAUCUAUGAAGGAUAUGCCCUGCCUCAUGCCAUCCUCCGUCUUGACCUUGCUGGGCGUGACCUCACUGACAGCUUGAUGAAGAUUCUUACUGAGAGAGGUUACUCCUUCACCACCACUGCUGAACGGGAAAUUGUAAGAGACAUCAAGGAAAAGCUUGCAUAUGUGGCGCUCGACUAUGAGCAGGAGCUGGAGGCUGCAAAGAGCAGCUCAUCUGUGGAGAAGAGCUAUGAGCUGCCUGAUGGGCAGGUGAUCACAAUUGGGGCAGAGAGGUUCCGAUGCCCUGAGGUCCUCUUCCAGCCCUCUUUCAUUGGUAUGGAAGCUCCUGGAAUCCAUGAGACCACUUACAAUUCCAUCAUGAAGUGUGAUGUGGAUAUCAGGAAGGACUUGUAUGGUAACAUUGUUCUCAGUGGUGGAUCAACCAUGUUCCCUGGUAUUGCUGAUCGUAUGAGCAAGGAGAUCACCGCCCUUGCACCAAGCAGCAUGAAGAUCAAGGUGGUGGCACCGCCUGAGAGGAAAUACAGUGUCUGGAUAGGAGGGUCGAUCCUUGCCUCCCUUAGCACCUUCCAACAGAUGUGGAUCUCCAAGGGUGAGUAUGACGAGUCGGGUCCAGCAAUUGUUCACCGGAAGUGCUUCUAAGCUGUGGCUUCCUGAUCACUCAUUUAUGGGGAAGUUCCUUUUCAGUUUUCACAAGGCCUUGUCAUGUAAGCUACUCUGUUUGGGAUUGUUGGUGUCCGAUCGGACUGUUGUUGGAUUUGUUUUAUGGCUAAGUAUUAUGCACCUUGUGAACUCUUGGUAUGCAUUUGUCUGGUGGCUGCUGUAUUAUACAUGGCAUGCAUGGUCCAACUUUUGUCAUGCUAAGUUUGUGGCUAGUGGUAGGACCAAAAGAAAAAUGAGAGAUGUACCCCACUACCUAGGAUCAACUAUUGUAAUCGUACUCGUGCGAGUCAUGUUAUCAUUUAUCUCCAAGAUAAGUGAUCUGGCUCAUUGAACAUUUGAUUGAUGGUUUCUUGUUAUUAUCUGUUACAAGUUAUGACA